CGGAGUCCCGGUCCGGCGCCGGCGGAGACGCGAGGUCCCGGGGCUCUCGGUGGCUACGGGCGCACGGCGGGCUGGCGCGGGGCCGGGCGGCGGGACCCUCGCCAUGCCGGGAAUGGUGCUGUUCGGCCGGCGCUGGGCCAUCGCCAGCGACGACUUGGUCUUCCCGGGGGUCUUCGAGCUGUUCCUGCGAGUGCUGUGGUGGAUUGGCAUUCUGGCCCUGUACCUCCAGCACAGAGGGAAGCUGGACUGCGCCAGCGGCGCCCUGCUCGGCAGUUACCUUAUAGUGCUUAUUGUCCUCCUGGCGCUUAUCAUAUGCACCGUGUCCGCCAUCGUGGCUGUCAGCAUGAGAGGAACCAUUUGUAAUCCCGGACCACGGAAAUCUAUGUCCAAGCUGCUCUACCUCCGCCUGGCGCUCUUUGUGCCAGAGGUGGUCUGGGCGUCUCUGGGGGCCGCCUGGAUAGCGGACGGUGUGCAGUGCGACAGGACGGUCGGGAGUGGCAUCAUCGCCACCGUCGUUGUCAGCUGGAUCGUCAUCGCCUCCACCCUGGUCACCGUCGUGGUCGUCUUCGACCCGCUCGGGGGGAAACUGGCUCCGUAUUCCUCGGCGGGUCCCAGCCACCUGGACAGUCCCGAGUCCAGCCAGUUCCUGAACGGCCUCAAGACGGCGGCCACGAGCGUGUGGGAAACGAGAAUUAAGUUCUUGUGCUGCUGCGUCGGGAAAGACGACCAUACUCGAGUUGCUUUUUCGAGUACGGCAGAACUUUUCUCAACCUACUUUUCAGACACAGACCUGGUACCCAGCGACAUCGCUGCAGGCCUUGCCCUUCUCCAUCAGCAGCAGGACCACAUCAGGAACAACCAGGAGCCUGACCAGGUGAUCAGCCACUCCCCGGAGUCCUCCCAGGACGAUGAUCUGGACGCAGAGUUAGAAAGCUGCCAUCACUACAUGCAGUUUGCAGCAGCUGCCUAUGGGUGGCCUCUUUACAUAUACAGAAACCCAUUUACGGGACUGUGCAGGAUCGGUGGUGACUGUUGCAGAAACAGGACAACCGAAUAUGACUUGGUUGGAGGUGAUCAGCUCAACUGCCAUUUCGGCUCCAUCCUGCAGACGACAGGGCUGCAGUACCGGGACUUCAUUCACGUCAGCUUCCACGACAGGGUGUAUGAGCUUCCCUUUUUGGUGGCUCUGGACCACAGGAAGGAGUCCGUGGUGGUGGCUGUGAGAGGAACCAUGUCCCUCCAGGACAUCCUUACGGACCUGUCAGCGGAGAGCGAGACCCUCAACUUAGAGUGCGAGGUGCAGGACUGCUCCGCACACAAGGGGAUCUCUCAAGCCGCCAGAUACGUGUACCACCGCCUCAUCACGGACGGGAUUUUGAGCCAGGCCUUCAGCAUUGCUCCUGAGUACCGGCUGGUCGUCGUGGGGCACAGCCUGGGGGCGGGCGCCGCGGCCCUGCUGGCCAUCAUGCUCCGAAACCAGUACCCGCAGGUCCGGUGUUACGCCUUCUCCCCGCCCAGGGGGCUGCUCAGCAAAUCCCUUUACGAGUACUCGAAGAGCUUCAUUGUGUCGCUGGUCCUGGGCAAGGACGUGAUUCCCAGGUUGAGUGUGACCAGCCUGGAGGAUCUGAAGAGGAGACUCUUGCGCGUGAUCGCUCACUGCAACAAGCCCAAGUACAAGAUCUUGCUGCGCGGGUGCUGGUACGAGCUGUUCGGAGGGAGCCCCGACGAUCUUCUGACGGAGCUGGAAGGGGGUGACCUGACGCAGCCUCUCCUCGGGGAGCAGAGUCUGCUGGCGCACGGCUCCCCCAGCUACAGCUUCUCCGGCGAGUCCCCGCUGGAGUCCCCCACCAAGUACCCGCCCCUCUACCCUCCGGGCCGCAUCAUCCACCUGCAGGAAGAGGGCGCCUCGGGGAGGUUUCCUUGCUAUGCGGCUGCCCAGUACAGCGUGAGAUGGUCCCAUGAAUCCGAAUUCAGCAGAAUCCUCAUCGGCCCGAAGAUGCUGACAGACCACAUGCCAGACAUCCUGAUGAGAGCCUUGGACCGCGUGGUCUCCGACAGGGCCGCCUGCGUCUCCUGUGCGGCCCAAGGCGGCUCCAGCCUGGACGCGGCCUGACUGGGGCUGCUGGAUGCUGCCCCCGGGCCGUGGACUCUGAGCGAGUAAGUCCCGUGAUGCGGGUACCUGGUUCCUGGGCGGCGUCCCGAAUGACGGCGUCGUUUGAGAAGGACUCUGGAGCCUGGCCUCCCAGUCGCUUGUCAAGUGCGAGGUGACGGGCCUCUGCCGGCCGAGGCGGCCUGUGGGAGCCGCGAGAGCCCCCUCCUGCCGGCCUGCUCGCUGCUGGGAUCCAGCCGCCGCGUGCACGGCUCUCGCACCACCUCUUCUCCGACGGUCCUGUCUUGCAGCUGUUGAGAUGGGUCUGACUUGGCACCCAGGGGCGCCAUCUGUCUUGGACUGGAUUUCCUGGCGACAUAAGCUCAGAAUGGGUUGUGAGGGUGCAGAUGGGGGGGUUCUCCUCUGGGGGCCCAUGUGAGUGUCGGCCCUGCGCUCUCAUUGGGAAUUGAGAGGAAACCUGGUUGGGGCGAGUCAAGACUGCGGCCUCAGGCCCCAGCACUGCACUGACAACGCUGGUGCCCUUGGCAGGGAGGCAACAGCUAGUUCUCCUGGGACCCUCUGCCCCUGGGAGGUCGGCCAGUGCAGGUGGGGGUGUGGGUGGGGGUGAAAAUAAAGCACCUACACGUC